AUGGUGGGGCAAUUUCAAGAUGUUAUUGUGGUGAAUAUUCCAAAUUGGUAUAGCAAUCCAUUUGAGGUUGAUGCAGUAGAUUGUGAGGAUAACAUUCAGGAGGAAUUGAUAGAAUUACAAAAUGACAAUGACGCCACAAUGCGAUAUCGCUGUAAUGGCAAAGAAGGUUUGUGGUACCAUCAGAGUAUAUUGAAUUCCUACCCCAAUAUGUUGAAACAUCUGAAAUUACUUUUGCUUGCCUUUCCUACCUCAUACCUGGUUAAAUUUGGUUUUAACCAUGUUGAAACUUUACUUACCCGCAAAAGAAUUGGACUGGAUGUGACUCACAUAGUAGACUUGCGGCUAAAGUCAACAAGUUUGGAACUGAAUGUAUCUGCACUAACUGCAUCGCACCAGACACAUGGAUCUCAUUAA